AUGGCCGGAGAAAACGAUGCUCCAGUGACCCCAGCGACGAACAAAACCCUAGAUUCAACAAGUCCAUUAUACAUGCAUCCAUCGGAAAGCGCUGGAUCUAUGCUAGUUCCGAUAGCCUUUGACGGAACUGGUUAUAGAUCAUGGAGAAGAGGAAUCCUCAGGGCACUCUCCGUGAAAAACAAAUUAGGGUUUAUUACUGGAAAAUGUAAGAAGCCAGACUCUGACUCGGCAGAUCUAGAUCAAUGGGAGCGAUGCGACGAUAUGGUAACUUCAUGGAUCUUAAACUCACUGUCUAAGGAUCUAGCGGACAACUUACAAUACGUCAAUGAUGCUAAGGAGCUUUGGCAAGAACUAGAGGACAGGUAUGAUCAAACCAAUGGGGCCAAGUUGUAUCAGCUACAAAAAGAGAUUAAUGAUCUGAGCCAAGGAAGUCUGGAUAUCACUGGAUACUAUACGAAAAUGAAGAAACUUUGGGAAGAACUUAAUACUCUGAAUGUUCAUGCCAAAUGUGCUUGCAAAUGCACCUGUGGAGCAAGAGAAAAUAUACACAAAGCUGAACAGGAUAGAGGAUUAAUUCAGUUCCUGAUGGGGUUAAAUGAAGUGUAUAUUGUCGUGAGAGGCAAUAUUCUGAUGAUGAACCCUCUCCCAACAAUAGCCCAAGCUUUCUCUACUCUCAUUCAAGAGGAGAAAACUAACUACAAUCAACAGGGAAAUAACAACACAUACAGUGGAUAUAAGUCAAACCAAUUUAACAGCAAACCCAGACCAUUUUGUGACUACUGCAAGAGGCCAGGGCACACUAAGGACAAGUGCUACAAACUUCAUGGAUUCCCACAGAAUUCCAGGUUCAAUAAGGGAAGAAGAAUCGCUGGAAAUGUAUUUGGACCAUCAAAUGAAGCUGACACAGUAAAGGAUGAUGGCAAUGGCCCUCAAGAACAAGAACAAAAUCGACACAUGCAUAGCUUGACUAAAGAACAAUAUGGUCAACUACUCACCAUUCUGGAAAGCUUUCAAGGAGGAGCAGAAAAGUCCACAAACAAUUGCAUCAAUGGAGGAGCUGUGAACUUUGCAGGUACUUCAGCAUGCUCUACUCAUUUUGACUCUAAUAAUCAUUUGUGUGAUAGUUCUAGUUCAAAUGCUGACACUUGGAUCCUUGAUUCCGGAGCCACAAAUCACAUGACACAUAACAAAUCAAUCCUGACCAAUGUUAAAACCUUAGUAUAUCCAUACUUAGUCACCCUGCCAAAUGGCUAUAAGGUUAAGGUGACACUGAUUGGUGAUGUAAUCCUAAGUCCAAAAUUCAGUCUCAAAAAGGUCCUUUUUGUUCCCAAUUUUAAGUUCAAUCUGAUAUCAGUCCAUUCAUUGACAGUUCAACUUGAUUGUAUUGUAGUAUUCACCAAGUACAUCUGUAUUCUUCUACAGGGUCCUUCACUGAAGAGGCCACUGGAGAUUGGUAAAGCCAAGACUGGUCUAUAUCUACACAGUUCAAGCAACUACAACACUGGUUCAACCCUCUCUAAUUCUUCUAGUACAUCUUUUCCAUGUUUUUCCAAUAAUGAGAGUAAUAUAGACUUUGCAGUUAGGACAUCUAGUUCAAUUCCUUCUAUUCAGUUAGUUAGUACUAGUAAAGUAGUUCCUACUGUUCCUGUUACUUCCACCAUGGUUACCCCAUCUUGUAGUAGUAAUACAAAUGGUUCAACUGUAAGUAGUUCAAGAAAUAAAAGUGAGUCACCUUUAUCUGGUAAUUCAUCUACUACAGAAUCUUUACUUGAUCUUUUGUGGCAUAACAGAUUAGGACAUGUACCUUUUGUCAAAAUGAAAGAUAUUUCCUCUAUACCUGUUGCCUUUGCACCCAAACAACCUUUUCUUUGCCCUAUUUGUCCAAUGGCAAGACAAGCCAGGCUGUCUUUCCCAGAAAGAACAACAAUAACCAAUAAACCCUUUGAACUACUACACAUUGACUUGUGGGGCCCAUACCAUGUUCCAACACAUAACAAAUACAAAUAUUUCAUUACCUUUGUGGAUGAUUACAGCAGGUCCACAUGGACCCACUUGUUAAGUUGUAAGAGCAAUGCUCUGCACACCAUUAAGGCCUUCUUUACCAAGAAAAAGCCAAGUUAUUCUCAUCUCAGAAGCUUUGGCUGUUUAUGCUUCCCUACCACUCUCAAAACACACAAAGAUAAGUUUGAACCAAGAGCUACUCCACAUGUUUUUGUGGGAUAUCCUUUUGGGACAAAAGGCUACAAGGUACUAAAUCUGGCCACUAAGAAGAUAAGUGUUUCCAGAGAUGUAGUGUUCCAUGAGAGUGUAUUCCCAUUUGCUAUGUUCAUUGAGUCAGACAAGAUCUUUCCUUUAUUUCCCCAAAUGAAAUCAUGCUUGUCAGAGGAGUUGUUUUCUCCCAAUAAUACUCCUUCUGAUACACCUCACAGCCCUGCUGUUACAAUCCAGAAUCAAGGGAUUUCAAUCCCAAAUCAGAACAGACCCUCUAAAACCUUGAAAGUACCUACCUAUCUUAAAGAUUAUGAGUGUGCACUUCCCAGACUUCAUCAAACUCAUCAAAACCAAUCAACUUCUCCAAAUGAUAGUCAAAGCACACAGUCUUUUUCCUUCAAUACAUCUGCUCCCAAACCUCUUGUUAGUUCACCUAAUGAAAUACAUUCCAGUUGUCAGCAAUUGAUAGGAACUAGUCCACAUGAAUGUGAACCUAGCUCAUAUGAGGAAGCUGCUGUAAAACCUGCCUGGCAAGCAGCAAUGACUCAAGAAUUCCAAGCAUUGUAUGCAAAUAAAACCUGGGAUCUAGUUCCUCUUCCAACUGGAAAGAGGGCAAUUGGGUGUAAAUGGGUAUAUAAGAUCAAACAUAAGGCAGAUGGGAGUGUGGAGAGAUUCAAAGCUAGAUUAGUAGUUAAGGGAUAUACACAACAAGCUGGGAUAGACUACACAGAAACUUUCUCACAUGUAGUAAAAAUGACAACUGUUAGGACUUUAAUAGCAACAACAGUCAAAAAGGGGUGA